UGUCCAUUACGGAGCUGAGCUGAGCUAACAAACGUCGUUAUCCGCCAUUUCCAUCGCCUUAUCGCCACUUUUCGCGCGACCCGAUCUUUUUUUUAUUUUAUCGUUUUUAUCUUUUCUUCUUUUUCCUCCCACCAAAGCUCCGCCAUCCCUAAGCCGUCGCGCCUCUUGUCGUCGUCGUCGUCGUUGUCGUCGCAUUCCGUUCUACAUUCUUGUACAACAUCUUGUCCCUACCUACUACUUAUUACUAUCUUCCUCCCGUCUCUUUCACUCUAAUUUCUCCGACCCUCUAACAUCAUGGGCUGGUUCUGGGCUGACGGUCCUGCGACCUCUGUUCACGCGACCUCCAUUUCAGCGUCGCAUCCCCAUGGCGCCGCCGGCGUCCCGACCGGUCCUCCUCCCCCUGGCUGUCCAAUGCACAACAAGACUCUUGACGCCCUGAACCCGGCCGGGAAGCCUGCCGCUGCUCCGGCGCCGGCCCCCUCCGCAUGCCCCGUCCCUCACGACCAGCGCCACUCCGCUGUUCCCCCUCCCUCAGCAUGCCCCGUCCCCCACGACCAAAGGCAGUCUGCCGCGCCUCCUCCGUCGUCGUGUCCCGUACCCCACGACAAGCCCAAGGAAGCCGAGUCCAAGGGCUUUCUCCAGCAGAUCAACCCCCUGAACUACAUGUUCAAGGAGCUCUCCCAGGCCCCCGCCGAGAACCAGACCGUCGCCCUGCCCACCGAGCGCGAGCCUUCGACGAUACCAAAGGGCUCCGGCGAUGGCAACUGGGAGUACCCCUCGCCCCAACAGAUGUACAACGCCCUGCUGCGCAAGGGCUACACCGAUACCGACGUCACCGCCGUCGAGUCCAUGGUGUCGGUCCACAACUUCCUCAACGAGGGCGCCUGGGCCGAGAUCGUCAGCUGGGAGGAGCGUUUCGGCAAGGGACUGUACAGGGGCUGGCAGGCCUGCAGCCGCGGCGAGGAGAACUCGGACGACAUGGUCGAGAAGCUGAAGGACGGCACCGAGGCGGCCCCGACCCUGAUCCGCUUCCAGGGUCGCCCCAAGGACAUGACGCCCAAGGCUGUCAUGUGGCAGGUUGCCGGCUGGCUGUACCCUUCCAAGUUUGAGACCGAGCCCCCCUUUGACCGUCACGACUGGUUUGUCUCCCGCAAGAUUGGCGGCGUGGAGAAGGAGAUCCGAUACGUUAUUGACUACUACUCUGGCGAGCCUGAGCCCACCGGCGAGCCCGUCUUCUACCUUGACGUCCGGCCCGCCAUGACUCCCCUCGGCGCCGCCGAACGUCUCAUCCGCUGGGGCGGCGACGUGUGGUGGAAGGCCUCGGGUGCCGAGGUGCGCGAGAAGGAGAGUCUCGAGAAGCAGCUUGAAACGCAGUGGAAGAAGAAUUAAAGAUUGAGACUGACGACGAUAUUGAGAUGGAACAACAAAAGCGAACGAUCCCCCGCCGCCUUUGAGGCCGAGCAGUCUUUGCUUGCGGUGUGUACAGACUUGGAGAGGGAGACCUGGUUGGUGUUUUUACGGGGUCACUACUACUCUUUUUUUUCUCUUUCUUUUUACGGCGGCGUUUUAAGACGAUACAAACGGUUCCAGUGCUUUGGGGAACAGAACGAGAUAUCAUCUGCUUCCUCUCCUCCUCCCUCUCCCUCCCCCCUCUUGUUACUAAUAAUCAUACCAUAUCAUAUAUGGCCUGUAUAGUAGUACGCCCGAAACUGUGGCAUGUUACCAAGUCUUUGCAACAUCGAGACGAAUUGGUUGAAUGAUGAUUCAAAUUCAUAUUACUUCCGCUCGCAACUG